AUGCUCUCCACAACACCAUUCAUCCCUGCACGCGGGUCAAUAUCAUCUAUAUCGAUGGACGAUCUUCGAUUGACUCCCACUCCCAGAGAACUCAUAAUAUCACCGAACGAAGCUUCCUCAUCAACAGCUAAUUCAGACUCGUCAUCUCCGCCAUCAUCAUCAAUGAUACGUAGAUCUUCAAGUGCACCUAAACCAAGAAGAGGUUCAUCAUUACCUAUAUCCUUAGCAUCGUCAAAUACGAAUCCAACGAUAGAACAUGAGCUGAACGGUAACGAUAAUAGUGGUGAUAACAAAUUAUCAAUGUUGCAGUUCAUUUCAUCUACUAUUGAACCUUCAUGGGAUGAGAUUGAAUCUUCUCCAUUCGAAUUCGUUCCCUCUAUAUUCCCAAUAUCCUCCGCACAAGGAAUGAAUUUGGAUAUGGAUAUAAUAACUUUCUUGAGGCAGGCUCCUACGCCUGGAAUACAAAUGUCAAGAUCAGAUUCCUUAUCAUCGGUAUCUUCAUCUAUUCUUCCUCCUAAUAACGAUAAUCUCAACGCACAAUCAAAUCUGGUCACUCCGCAAGUUUCACUUCAAGCUUUUUUGGAAGAACAAGCUAAUUUGGAUCAAUUAAUCGAUUUUACUUUUACUUCACAUCAAUCACAAUCCCGAUUUCCCUCUAAUGAAUAUGAGAAUGUAAAUGGAGGUGGAGAUGAUACGUUAUCGAUGAAGGAAUUCUUCGAUUCUGAACCACCAAAAUUCUAUCCUACAGCAACAUCAACUUUCACUUCCCCUACUACGAUCUCACGAUCUUCUACGAUCAGUGAUAGUAUCAGCAGUGGUCAAAAGGGGAUAUUAUCCAAUGUGGGAUUAGGUAUAGAGGUCAGAGACAGACAAAACGGAGUUGGAAAAGUGAUGAAACGUGCCAGAGAGGCUUUGAGGAUGGGUAGAAAUUGA